CCCUAUGUUACAUUAUUUCAUAACAUGUCAUGUAUUGUCAUAUCAUCUAAUCUACUGUUGGGCCAUAUAAUGAUUUGGAUAACUUUUACCAACCCUCCCUCUGAAUCCCUAAAUUUUAUAAUAAAAUUUUUGAACUAUUUGCACCAUAGGGAAGAUGGACUACACGGAUCUCCUAAAGAGCAUGGAUGAGCAAAUAGCAAGAGCCAAAGACGAAGCUUCGAGCAGAAAAAUGAUUAUGGAAAAGGUUGAGAAAUGGGCGUUAGCACGAGACGAGGAACGAUGGCUAGAAGAAUAUAACAUGGAUGAGAAUAGAUAUACGGUUAGUAGAGGCGCUCACAAAAAUCUAAAACGAGCGGAACGUGCUCGUAGUUUGGUCAACAAAAUACCAGCUUUAGUGGAGUCAUUGAUUUUGAAAACAAGGAGUUGGGAAGAAGAAAGGAAGAAGGUGUUUUUAUAUGACGAGGUACCUUUACUCGCACUAAUGGAAGAGUACAAUAUGUCGAGGCGUGAAAAAGAAGAAGAGAAACAACGACGUCAAAGGGAUAAAAAGAUUGCUCAAAGUCAAGUAGUCGUUUUGCACGAGAGUGUGAUGUGGACACGACCAGUCACGAGCUCUCAUCGUGGCUUGGACCAAAGUAUUGAUGGCAACAAACGAAAUUCCACAGGCAUACAAGUAGAAUCGAGCAACGAGAGAUUAUCUCAUAAAAGUGCACCCUUUGUAAAGAAUGAGAAUGUAUCUAAGAAACUUCAGCGUAGUCGUUUGGAUCGCCGUUUUGGAGAAGAUAUGCCUUCAACUGUAUCCUAAUCUCCUUGACCAUGCCUUACACAACCUUAAAGCAUAACAUUCAUGUUUAUUUGAUGGAAAUUUUUUUAAUGAUCUACAUUUGUUUUAUACUAUUACUGUUAAAUAAUUGACUUAUACAUGUAAAAAGACUAGAACAUUUGUAAAUUGGCCAAAACUAUAUAGUAAUUUGUGUGAUAU